GACUAGGAGGAGCUAACUGGAAAAUAUAUCAUGCUAAAGAUGAGAUUUAGGUGGACAUAAGCUCAGCUGAAUGUUAACUGCUGUACUCGUCAGCGUGUAAUGAAGUCAGCUAAUUGUUCAUUUAUGUUAUUAAUAGUUGCAGUGAAUGUCAGUGGUGUUUUUGAAGUCUGUAACUAGUGUAAAAAAAACCUGCUGGCUAAAGUGAAACUGCGGUUUGUGUACAGCAACUGAUGGUGCACCAGAUCCUGUAACACGAUGAUUUCAGUUAGCCUAAGUUAGCUUUAUGUUUCCACAGCAAAUGUUUUUUUCCCCCCACUUUAAUACUUACGUAUUAAAAAAUUGAGACCUUGUUAUAUUUGAUAGCUGUGAAACUUCAGUGUACAGGCCUGUCUCUAGAUGCUAUGGGGACACCAUAUUUGGUAACACUGCAUGUUUUCUUAUAUACAGUCUAUGGUUUUGACGGAUACAAACAUUUGCAGUGGUAUUGUGGUUGAAAUUUCAAUUAAGAUCAUAUAAUCUCUGCAACUAUGCGUUUACUGUAAUGUAGUAACAUUAUAUUAAUUUAUCCAGACCACUCACUCCAGCAGCUAGGAAGUAACAGUCAUCUUUGUUUAACAACGAAAUGCUGUGUUGUUUCAGUCCAAAUUAUCUGCUAUCAUAUAAUUAUACAAGACACAGGCACUCAUUUUCUCCUCAGGUACAUUUUGGCACUGCCCUCUCUCUUUGCCUGUGGGGUGUAGCGGCCUUGUGGUUUGGCCUGCUCCCAGCCAUGCAUUCCUCCAUGUAAUAAGCUGCUUGUUCAAAGCCCAGGUCUCGCUGCAGUGGGCUACUGGCUGACCAGGCCACGGCAGAGUCCCACACAAAGACAUGUCUGUGUUAUAGUCAGGCUCACUGGCCCCCUGGGAGGAGGCCCAAGGCUCACUUUGAAUAGGAUACACACUCGGUGCCACGACAGCAAGGAGCACACCUUUUUCAUCUAGGGUUUCACCACAGGUGAAGCACAGGCAAGCAUCUUAUCUAUGCGCCGUUACCACCCAGGUGUGUCCGAGUUAUCGGGGCUGUUUGUGGGGGUGGGCGAUGAGGCUCAUCUAAUUUAUUCACAGGUAGUUUAUCAGUGUUAUGGUUGUUUAUCAUGAUUCCACAAUGUAUCCUCCAUCCAUUUCUGUACCUAUAGCCAGUCUAUGUUGUGUAUGAAGAUGGGUUUGCUCAUCAUGGGUAGUACUACUCAGUUUGUGAAAACCAAGCCCCCAGGAAACAGGAUGGGCAGUGAAGUGAUUUUGGCUCAGUGGCCGCAGGAAGUAUUGCAACUUGUUCACUAUGUAAUGCACUCUGACCCAAAAAGCUUUUCCUCCCAAACACAAUCAUUGGAAAUAAGCGGUUGUAAUAUGGUGAAUAAAUAUUUAUGAACGUUACAAACCCUCUGAAAUUACUCUUGUUUUUGGUUAUCAGAAUUCUAAAAUCAGGAUAUUUAGAAGAGCCGCAUGAUUAAAUUAUUUCAUCCCAUUCAUGUGUGCUGGGAGUCAGCUGGUGGUUUUCAGUUCUCCUGAAUACAUCCAUGGUGAAAACAAUUAUUUAGUGUACUUUUUGGCUCUGGAAGGAGUUUUCAGAGAAACUUGACUCAACCAACGACCUAAACGUUUGGAUGUCUUGACCUCCACUGCAUUGAAGUUUAUAAAUGCAAUGCUAAAUUGCUGGAGUAGCCCUUUCACUCUUGCCAUAUUUAUCUCGUUGCAUAGUGUCUUCCCACGGCAAGAGCAUUCAUUUGCCUCUGCUUCAAGAAAGACCUUUUGCUUUGAAGCAAGAUGAAAGAUAACACAUCAUUCAUCUGGUCAAGCGAUGGGUAUCCUCUCAAGGGUUUGGCCUGCACUUGUGUUGCUUUUCUUCCCUUCUGCUGUGCCUGCCGAAGAGUCGUCACUACUGGAAGGCUGGCACGAUGUCUGGCUCUUCCGCUUCCUUGUCAACAUGCUCGGAUACUCCACCAUUAUCAUCCCUGGCUACCUCCUCAUUAGCUACUUCAAGCGCAGAAAUUACUUAGAAACAGGGAGUGGAAUUUGCUUCCCUAUUAUAAAGACCUGCGUGUUUGGCAGUGAGGCCAAAACAGGUCUGUUGGAUGACGUGUCAGUUGCGCCCAGGAAUGAGGGUGAUUCAGGCUCGUCACUCAGACAGGUCGUCAAAUUAAUCUUUUGUUCUGCGGGACUUCAGGCAUCGUACCUGACAUGGGGAGUCCUGCAGGAGCGGGUGAUGACACGUUCGUAUGGUGCCACGACUCCAGAAGACGAGGGUGAGAAAUUCAAGGACUCUCAAUUCUUGGUCUUCAUGAACCGUAUCCUGGCUCUGACCGUGUCGGGCCUUUGGUGCAUCCUUUUCAAGCAACCUCGCCACGGAGCACCUAUGUACAAGUACUCCUUCGCCUCACUCUCCAACAUCCUGAGCAGCUGGUGCCAGUACGAGGCUCUCAAGUACAUCAGCUUCCCCACUCAAGUCCUGGCCAAGGCCUCCAAAGUCAUCCCCGUCAUGCUUAUGGGUAAGAUCGUCUCCCACAAGAGCUACGAAUACUGGGAGUACUUUACCGCCGUGCUGAUCUCUGUGGGCGUCAGCAUGUUCCUGCUGUCCAGCACGCCCAGCAAGCACCCGUCCACCGUCACCACCUUCAGCGGGAUCAUCAUCCUCAUUGGCUACAUUGUCUUUGACAGCUUCACCUCCAACUGGCAGGACAACCUGUUCAAGUACAAGAUGUCGUCAGUGCAGAUGAUGUUCGGGGUAAACCUGUUCUCCUGCCUCUUCACUGUCGGCUCGCUGCUGGAGCAGGGUGCCUUCUUCGACUCGGUGGCCUUCAUGACACGCCACUCCGAGUUUGCCUUUCAUGCCGUGUUGCUGUCCGUGUGCUCGGCAUGCGGCCAGCUCUUCAUCUUCUACACCAUCAACCAGUUCGGUGCUGCGGUCUUCACCAUCAUUAUGACCCUGCGCCAGGCCAUCGCCAUUCUCCUCUCCUGUUUCCUCUACGGUCACGCCGUCACCUUAGUAGGUGGAUUUGGUGUUGCUGUAGUUUUCUUGGCACUUUUCCUACGGGUGUAUGCACGUAGCCGCAUGAAGUCAGGCCGGCGGUCAGCGCAGCCGCUUGGACAGAAGGUGUAGCACUCCGAAGUUUCACCAAACUGGGACCACGUUUUCUGUGGUGCUUUUUUGUCUAUUUGUGUGUAUCUGUUGGGGUCUUUUUGUUCUUCCUUUUAUUUACUGCUCUUUUCCUUUUGUUUUUAUUUUCGUUAGUAAUGGUACAGAAAGGGAUUCUGCAGUUUUGACUCUAAACACCAAGAUGCCCCUAAGGGGUCCAUGUGAUUUGUCAAGUCGGCAGUUACAGACGUUUUGAGUGCCUGUAAGUUUGUCUUAAUACAUGAAACCAUAAACUGUGCAAACUGCCUCGUCACCCCUUUCACAGUUUUAACAGUAGAAUAUUUUUUCCUAAACCAACGAACGUGGCUUGUGCAGCCCAUUAAUAGUUACUGUGACCCUGAAAAAUGUAUGCUAGCUCUAUGGCUAAGCAUUAUUUUCGAGUGUUACUGCAUCUUACUUAACUUUAUCCCAGAUAUUUAAACAAGACUGUCACCUUCUGUAAAGACAGCACUUUCUAUUUGUUGAAGUACCUUUCAGUCACAAUAGCAGGAUGCUUAUGUCACAGUCCUCCAUGUUGGAGAGCAAGGGCCUUAAUGUGUCUUAAUGUGGGAAAUUAUCUUGUAAAGCUUAAACAUAGCCUGAACACAUACAUUACUGUUUAAUUUAAGGUAUAUUAACAUGUUCCAGAGGAUACAAUCUGUAAUAGAGGGUGGUAAUAAAGAGCGCACUACUUACAAACUGUAUAAUUUUACUCCAAUGUCACUGAAGCAGACGCUUCUGUGGGUACUUUUUGCACCGCAUUAAGAUCUUUUUUUUGUUGUUGCCGUCUCAACGCAGAUUUUAUUUAAUGUUUUAAAAUCGGGCUAAAAAAUCUUGUAAAUAUAUCUCUUAAGUCAUUGUUUAUUUCCAACCAACUUGUCUGUUGUGUACUUUUGUAAAAAGACUGCUUCAUGUGUUGCACCGUCACAUGUGAAUGUUUACUGAAUGGAUGAUGAUGAUGCUCAUUGCCGUCAUAAGGAUGUGAGGAUAGCGUUGGCCCAAGGGGGAGUUUGCAGACCUGAAUGCAUACAAGGGAAAUGGCAAUGUUACUGGUACCUUGUUUUUAUCAUUCUAUUUCCUCUGGUAACUGGAUUAAUAAUAAAACAUAUUAAAUUAACUUAA